AUGUCGGGAACAAGUCAGUACGUGGGGGCUGGGGAAUCCCCCACUGGAACUGUGGUUCCCUGCUCUGUGGAGGGAGCUAGGCUGAGCAGGGAGAGGCGCCUCUGGCUCUGCCCCCACCAUCUGACCUGGCGCCCCUGCUCCACAGCCACUGCCCACUUCAGCUUCUGCCGGACCCUCCUGGAGCACACAGUGUCCGCCGAGAGCAUCCCCUGCCACCUGCCUAGGACACCAGGCACCAGCCUCACGUGGCAUGACUCACGCAGCCAGAGGGCAGCUGGCAGCCGGCCAGUCAAGCUCCUGCAGCAGCCUGGCACUGAGGGCCCCCAGGGCCGGCUGCACUCUGACCACUGUGGCCUGUACCACACGAGUCCCUCACUGGGUGGCCUGACGAGGCCUGUGGUCCUGUGGAGUCAGCAGGACGUCUGCAAGUGGCUCAAGAAGCACUGUCCCCACAACUACCUCGUCUACGUGGAGGCCUUUUCCCAGCACGCCAUCACCGGCCGGGCACUGCUGCGGCUGAACGCGGAGAAGCUGCAGCGCAUGGGGCUGGCGCAGGAGGCACAGCGGCAGGAGGUGUUGCAGCAGGUGCUGCGCCUGCAGGUGCGCGAGGAGGGGCGGAGCCUGCAGCUGCUCAGCCAAGCUUCCUUCGGAAACAUGUCCUAGUCGCUGCCUGAGCUUGAACCCCAGACCCAAGCACUGUGACCGGAGCCUGUGGCAAGGAUGAGGUAGAACUGGCCACGCGGCCCCUCUUGGACCCUGUAGGUGUCCCCAGGGGCCAAUCCUGGCCCAGUAGACAGGUGGGACCACAAUUGCCACCUCCAGCCACCUCUGGUUGUGCACUCUGGGCUAUGCCUGGGACUGGACGUGUGGGGGCUGCUUGGGGUGUGCCCCCCCCAGUACCUGAACCGAAGCCCACCCCUGGUGCUGCAGGCAGCAUGCGGGCAGCCACCGGAGCCAGAGUGGGGCUUGGGUGUUCCCCAAACUCCCAGGGAGUGUUUAUUUAUAUUCUCGUCACCCACGUUGAAGUCUGUCCCUCCUUGCUGGCUGAGUCACGUGUUCUUUGGGCAUCCUGCCCUCUCCAGGGCGAGAGGCCUGUCUGCCCACUCGUCCAGUUCAACACCCUCCCUCAGCACCUAGAGGACUGCCCGGAGGUGGAAAGACUGCCAAGGCUCCUGUGCCCGUCCCCUGCCCCCAACCAGGUCCGGUAGGCCCAACCCAUGGCCCAGAUGAUGGUCAUCAGUGUCCGGCUGGCCAGGCACCCUGCCCAGCACCUUCGCCCAUUUAUGACACCCCCACCACGCCCCCAUCCAUUCAUGGGAACUGAGGUGAGGCAGGUCUGGGACUGGCCAUGCGGCAGGACCUAACAUGGCACUACGAGAACCCGACACCCAGCACCCUGCCCCGGGCUCAGUGGAGUCCUGGCCUCAGGCUUGGGACAGCUGUCCUCCUCUUGGGGUCAUGGAGACCAUCCUGGAGGCACAGCAACGGGCAGGUACUCCUGCCGCCCCUUUCCCAGGAAAACCUGGCUCACACAGGGGACUGUCCUGGGCUGCAUCACCCACGUCACUCACCAGAGAUCCUGCCACCCACCGGCACCUGAACUGCCACUCAGUGGGCCUGAGGGCCCGAGGUUCAGGGCUGGUGCUGCCCAGUAGAAGGACAAUGAGGGCAGUCCCGCAGCCUCCUCCCACUUGGUCCUCUUCCCUCCCACUCCCCGAGGGGACUCAGCACUCAGGGACAGAUGGGGCUGAGCCCUGGCCCCUCUCUGUGCCCUGCGCUGGCUUCCGGACAGGUUGGUUGGUGUAGGUCUCGAGUGGAAUUUGGACAACUGGCUUGGUGUCCCCCAUCCCGCGUGCCCCCAUGGGAAGCCACCUUGUCCUGUCUGGCUGCCCUAAGUGUCCCCACCACCUCGUGCCCUCACGGUGUCACCCUUUCCAGGGGCCUCUUCCCAACUCUGCCCCCCCCGCCUUGUCUUGCCUCUCUACCCACCACCCCAAGCUCGUCUUGUCUUCCUUGUUUUGCGUUCACUUUUUUACAUUCUGAUAAAAAGGCCAGAAAUAAACCUGGUUCUCAAGUGCCCCA